GUAAAUAUUAUAUAUUCUAUUGAUAAUAAAACGGCUAAUGCUAACCAAAGCUAGCUUGACAGCCUCCCUGAACCGUGUCCAUCCUCAUAACUCGACAUUACCUGACAGCCGGGUUGACUCCAGAGAACGUCCCGUUCACCCUCCUGAUGCCGGCCAUAGUUAGUGUUUCAGAAGUCCUCACAAUUCACCUUUUAAAACCAACGACGAAGUGAAUCUCACACACUGAGGAGCAACAUCUUCUCCAUCACCCUGGAGAAUGUCUACACAGAGUAGCAUAGCAAUGAGUGCUUGUUUUGAGACAGAGAAUCCAGUUUGUGGAGUUAUCUUGAGCUGUCAAGGAUCUCAAAGCAGACCUGUAGCACCUGCAGAAGACAUGGCACAAGAUGGUGUAACUAACACUGGGCAGAUGAUCGUGGUCUCCACCGUGGAGGGAUGGCUCUCCUUCAAGUCUCUGCUGCAGCAUUGCUCUGGUGAUAAAAACCUGCAGGUAACGUUUAGUUCUAAAGGAUCCAACCAGACCUGUGGCCUGACUGUGUACAGCCGUUCAUUCAACUUGCACUAUGCAGAGUUAAAAGAAGACAUUACAGAGGAGUGCAUAAGCCAGGCAUUGGAUGGCUGCUUCCAGUCCUGCACAGACCGGAUUUGCACUUUCUUGCUGCUGAUCCAAGGUGGUCGUUUUACAAAGAGGGAAAGAAGAAUGAUUGAGAUUCUGCAGGGCCACUUUGGAGCUGAGGCUCUGAAGUUCCUGGUGGUUCUCUCUCUGGAAAAUGGAACAGAUGCUGACAAAUUUGACAACACCCUCCUGGAGUUGAUGCAAAUGUGCAACAGAAGGUACUCCCAAAUCACAUCAUUUACAGCCAAAGACAAACUGCGCUCCCUAUUUGAGAUGGUCGACCGCAUGCUGACUGAAAACGGCGUGACAGGCUACACGGAAGCCAUGCUGACUGAAGCAAAGAAAAGAAGCUUGGAGAACUCAAUGAGGAAGACACUGACACUGAACCCAAGGCAAUGCAAGUUUUCAGGGCUUAUGGGGCCAGAGGCUGAGGCUGAGGAGAGGGAGCAGGAGUUUGAGCUGAACGUUCUACAACAGGAGGAGAGACGGGAAAGAGAGAUGGAGGAGCUGACGGCGAAACAUGCAGAGGAAAGAAAGAAGGAGGCUUCUGAGAGGAUGCAAUAUGGGAAGAAGAAAGAGAACUCAAAGGAAGCCAUGAUCAGCCACAGAGCCAUGCUGCAGCCAAAGAAUCCCACUGAUGAUGAAAACACAAAGACGACGUCAGUCAUCCUGUUGGGUCUCUCUGGCAGCGGGAAGUCCUCUGCUCUAAAUCUAAUCCUAGAGAUAGCAGGUAAUCAAUACUUCGUUAAUGAGUCUACCCUUGGAAACUCCCUGCCCACCUUGUCUUGUGAGAGAAAGGAAGUGUUCAAAUCAGGGAGGAAGCUCAUCCUUGUCGACACGCCUGAGCUGUGGGACGAGGACGGUGUGGAGAACUUGGAUCUGGUCAAGGACUGCCUGUCUUUGUCUUUACCUGGACCCCAUGUCUUCCUCGUGGUGCUCCAGGUGGGCCGCUUCACCCAUGGCGAGUGUGAGAUGCUCGUGCAAUUGCAGAAGAUGUUUGGAAGAGAACUUACCGAGUAUGCCAUCGUCCUCUUUGUCAGUUUUGAUGACAGCCAGCAGAGGCCUCAGAGGAUUGAUGACUACGUAGAGGAAGCCCACGUGACCCUGCAGGAUCUGAUCAGGAAGUGUGGGAGCAGGUUCUAUGAGCUGAAUGUUACAAAGUCUCAGAGCGCUCUGAGCUUUCCUCAAGUGAAAGACCUGCUGUUAGGAAUCAACAAGCUGGUCGCUUCACAUGGAGGUCAGGCCUACUCAGGGCGGAGGUUCUCCAUGCAGGAGCUGAGGGAGAGGAGGAAACACAUCGAGGAGAUGAAGGAGGGGGCUUUAGAAAAUGACAGCUUGUUGAGAGAUUCUUGAUUUAUUUAAUUGAAGGUGUACAAAUGUAACACACAUGGGCAUUAUUAAAGGAGGUUGUAAGAGGAGGUUUAUUCAGCUGUACAGACAUAUGGACACAUGUCCUGCAGGGAUUUUGAAAUGAACAGAUUUGCAAUUAAAUGUUUUGUCUUUUUAUCUGCUGUCAUCAAAGUUUGCUUGCAGAAAAUGAGCUGUGUGCAUGCUAUUUAUGAAGGAAUUCACAAAAUGUAAAAACAUUACAAUUUAAGGGAACUAUCUCUCCCUGUAUUUCUCAUUGUACACUCAUUUUUUGUGAGACAAACAGGUCUUACCUUUAGAAUAUCAAGACUUUCCCUUAAUCAUUCAAAGUGAAGUCUGUUAAGCGAAUCAGAUUAUAAAAGUAUGUGUCUUAAAACAGUUUGAAAAAAUGUUUAUGGUGGUUUGGGACUUCUAAAUCAAACGUAAAGAAGAAUUUUUAAUGUCUAUAGAGGACAGAAAUUAGAUUUGAUGCAGAUUUGAUUAACGUUUGUACUUCCCCGUUUCUAUGAGGACUUAUCUGACAAGUCUAUGAGAUCUGCUUGUUGAUAUCUUGAUUGCUUCACAGUGACAUCCUGAAACACGAUCUGUCAUGUGUAUAAAAACAAGAGGACUCAUUGCAGACAUGUUUAGACCUCAUCAGAGCUGUGAUUGCUUACUACAAUAAUACAAAGUCAUAAAUUAUUUCCAUUCAGUUUAUGACUUUGAUUUAUUGUAAAUCAACAUGAUGAAUAAUGAUUUUGUUAUGUCUAGUAGGUCUCCUCUGAAACUGUUCCAUGCAGGUCUAUUCUCAGUCUUUCUAUAAAUGAACUUUGUUUGUCAAACCAGUCUUUCCUUGUUACUGCAGAUCAGCAGCCGUGACAUCUGAGUGUGAUUCACUGUGUUUUAUUGAUCUUUUAUAAAGUGAUUUGAAUAAAUGACAUGAUGAUACUGUU